AUGAAAUAUCAUAAUUGUACAAUUAUAGUUAUCAGUAGCAUACUACUUUGUUUAUGUGCAACUUUUAUAACAACAAAAGCAGCAGCAGCAGCAGCAACAACUGAACAAAAGGUUGCCACCUUUAAUAAGAUUCCGUUUUCAGAUGACACCCAUUCAAAUAAAAUAGAAAGACAGGAUUCUAUUCAAAAUACGAUCACUAGCUUAUACAAUCUAAUUCAAGAAUCGCAGUUCAAAAUCCUCAUCCUCAUCAUCUUCUUACAAUCUUUUCGUUACAGAGAAUCGACUAUUUUUGAUAUCACAAAGCUUUCAUGGCAAGAACAAAAAGGACUAUUCCCAAGGUAUCGUAUAAGUGAUCACUAUUAUUAUUGA